AUGCCUUCUAAAAAGGUCACAGCAAAGAAAAACACUAAAUUGAGUAGAACCAGGCAACAGACAAAGAAAAAGGAGACUUAGCCAAAGAAAAAUGAAAAAAUACAGAUGAAGUAAGCAGUAAGCACUGAAAAGCUCUUGUCAAAGAGAAAAACUAGAGCCCAAAAGAAUAUUGUAGAAUCUGAUGAUGAGUUUAAUGAGAAGAAGCAAAUAGUAUAAUUGAUUCGUAAGGAAGAUUAGAACUACACUGUGUGCAAAAAGCAAGGAGAGAAAACGUUAAUUGAGAUUAUUGAAGACACGAAAUCUGGAGUUCCAGCUAAAAGUGAAUUAGAGAUCAAGGAAUAAAAAGCAUUCUUGAAGAUAUAGAAAAGAAAGAAUAAGCAAGAAGAAAAAGAGAGUGCAAAAAGUGUUAAAGAUAAGAAGAGCGAAGGUGAAAUCCCAAUCUAAUUGCUAGGUAGGCCAAAAUGUGGAGCUUAAUCCUAAAUAAGUAAAUCUGAGUCAAAUAGCAAUUCGAUAAAUAAAACUCAAUCUAUAUAACAGUAACCUGUUUCCAUUAUUGCCAAGGCAAGGUUGAGGGAAAACGCCAUUGCCUUGGCAAAUGAAAACAGAGAGAUCACAGUAGUCAACUCUACUAAUAAUAAACUGUCAUCUCUAAGUUUCAUGAAAAGGUAACCCGCAGAGAAAUGGAAACCAGAAGAGACUAAAAAAUUCUUCAUGGCUUUAUAAAUAUUUGGCACUGACUUCAGUCUAAUUGAGAAGGUCUUUAAUUAAGAGAGAACUAGAGAGUAAAUAAAGAACAAAUUCAGAAAAGAAGAAAGGAAAAAUAAAAAAUUCAUAGAUGAAUUAUUGAAUAACAAGGAGAGAAAGUCCUUGAAAGAUUUUGAGGCAUUAUUCGGUAAAGCAGAUCUAGGAUUAGGAGAUCAAGAUGACUUUGUAGAUGAAGCAGCUGAUCUUUUUAAUUCAGAUGAAGAAAGCAGUGAUGACAAUGAAGAUGAUAGUGAUAAUUCUGAUGAAGAUCAAUCUGAUUCUAAAGUUUAAGAAGAUGAAUCAAGUAGUGUAAAAGGUGAUAGUAAAUUUAACAGUCUAUUAAGAGGAUUUAAGGAUGAAUCUAGCAGAGAUUCCUCAAAAUAAAAUUCUGCUGUCAAAAAUGGUUUUAGUAUGCUUAAACAGAAUGGCAUGAAUUCUUCAUUAAGUCUAAAUUAGAGUACAUUCAACAUAAGUCAGAAUCAGAGCUUCUAACAAAGAUAUAAAAAUGCAAGUUUGAUACCCAAAUUUGAUUCAAACUAAGUACUCAAACCUGAUAACUAACCUAGUAACAUUAAAAAAUUUACAAUAAACACAUUCUGA